GCAAGUCUGUUCGCAAUCGACAGGCAGAGAUGCACAUGAUCAGAACAUCUCGAUAGCAAUGCAGGCGGAUCGCCGCCGUAUCAAUGCACCCGCGGGUGGCACUGCGCCACCCGUGUUCACCUUCACCAGCAAUGAGCAACCUCCAAAAAGGCCCAGACGGACAAGAGGACCGGAUGAGCACCGCAAGAUCUUUCUACGGACAGGCGUGGUGCCGUCGGCAAGUGGCAGCGCAUACUACGAGAUACCUCCCCAACCAUCUUCCGCUCAGGAUGAGAAGUUGACGCCGAAAUCGUCAAGCUUGAAAAUCACCUGCACCGUACAUGGGCCGCGACCACUGCCCAGGAAUGCGGCCUUCAGUCCCAAUUUGCUACUUUCAACGCAUGUCAAGUUCGCGCCGUUCGCGACCAGGCGGCGACGGGGGUACGUUCGAGACGCGAGCGAGCGAGAUCUGGGCGUGCAUUUGGAGACGGCAUUAAGGGGGGUGAUUAUCGGCGACCGGUGGCCGAAAAGCGGAUGCGAAGUCGUGAUUACGAUUUUGGAGGGCGAAGAAGACGGCUGGUGGGCGGAUGGGUCUGGCGCCGAGAAGGGAGCGGGCUGGGGUUUGAUGAGUGUGCUUGCGGGUUGCAUCACGGUAGCCAGUGCCGCAUUGGUGGACGCUGGCAUCGACUGCGUGGAUGUCGUCUCUGGCGGCAUAUCGGCACUGGUCAUCGACGAUGACGCGAAGACGGAGCAUGUGGCCUUGGACGUUUCGCCGCCGGAGCACGAAAUCAAGGCAAUGUGCGUGGUCGCGUACCUGCAGUCCCGAGACGAGAUUACGGAAUGUUGGCUCAAGGGCGAUGCCUCGACCAACACGGAGGCGCUAAUGGAUGCCGCUGUCAAAGCUGCUGCUAUGAGCAGGACGGUGCUUGCGGAAGCUAUUGGAGAAGCCGCGACGGGGCAGUCGGAGAGCGAAUCGACACGUGCCUCUGCGAAAGGGAAAGGGAAAGACGUCACGAUGGCCGGAUGAAAAACUUUGAGACGGCUGGCCGGGCCGUGAUUGAAUGAACUCUGGCCGAGCACAGAGAGGCUCAAGUAUACAUGCACAUCCAACUCAUGCAAGUAGCGAGCUGCUGAGUCAGUGAUGACGCCUCAGCCGCAAUACUGGAGAAAUCUCCCAGGAGCGCGCGCCAGAUUGGCAUCGAAUGAUAACGGCGGGCAAAGGCACGCGAUCUCGAAACUUAGAGGGGUUGUGCCACAAGCCAGUGCGCUCAUGCGAAUGCCUGAGAAUCGCGAUAAUGUCCAUAUCAGAGCCGAAGACGACUGUCCGUAAAGCCAUGCAGUAAUUAGAUAGAUAGCUCGUAGGGCGGCCAAUUAGGGCAUCUGAUUACGUGUGGUGAUAGUUUAGAACGCGCCACGCUAUACCUGAAAUGCGGCGUCGUCCGUGAGGUGUGCAUGCAAGCUUCGAUCAACCUGCCG